GGGACAGGCCCUGGGCAUUUGGUGACUCCAACAUUGAGAAUCUUGGGGAGAUGGUUCCUGGAGAUUCGAGUGAGGAAUUCUCCAUGCAGCCAGUCUUUUCCAGAAGUUCUGAUAAAGUGAGGAGAGAGUGUCGAUGCAGGGGAGGACUUUGGGAUAAGGGUGAAGAGCAGUUUAAAGCAGACCGUGUGGUUAAAGCACAGGCUCUGGGGUCAGGGGUCCCCGCACACUAUCUGCGAGAUCUUGGACAAGUCACUUAACCAGUUUGUGCCUCAGUUUCUGAUCUGUAAAAUGGGGAUGAUGAUGAUGAUGAUGGACAAUGCCUGCCUGUUAAGGAUCAUGUGAAGAUUAGUUGAGACGGUUAAAAGUACUUAACGUGGCCCUAAAAUGCUGUACCGAUCAUUUUCCACUUUUAUUAUUGGAACAACUUGGGCAUAUUUUGAUGUUCGUAUGGAAGAGCUGGUGGAGAAGGAGGCAUUGGAAGACGGAGAGGAGAGAAAGGGGAUUGGAGAGAGGGACCCAGAACUUGGAUGGGAGAUAAGAUCCUGUCUAUGCCGAAGGAAGGGAAAGAGAGAAUUGGUGGGGAUGCAAGGAAGUUUGCAGGUUUGGGGUAUGUGGUUAAGGGACUGCCUUUCUCUGAAGUAGGCCUCAAGGUCGUUGGCUGAGAGGGCCAGGCCAUGGCUGGCCCUGGUGAAGAGGGAGUUCCCAGUUUACACAGCCGUGGUAGGGUACCAUGCCCUCUUUGCCAGGAGCCCCAAUGUCGUUCCAGCGAAGAGGGGCAGUUGAAUUUUUCUGGGGUCAGAGGACAACAUCUGACCUGCCUUGCCCACUUACGAGGCUCAAGUAAAGUUGAUGGGUGUGAAAAUGCUAUCUAAGCAAAAUUUACCAUCUUAAUUCUGUUCCCUGAUCUUGAAGAGCUGGGAGCACAGUGGCCCCGAGUGGAACACCAUGCCAAAGCCUUCCAAGCAGUCCCCUUGGGCCAUGCACCACGCCAGGUUCCCACCCUUCACCUCAUUCCGCCAUCACACCAGACGGGGAAGGUGGAAACUAUUAUCCCCAUUUCACAGAUGCACAGACUGACAUUCAGAGGAGUUAAAGGCCAUGUCCCAGGACCCAAAGCUAGUAAAUGGAAGACCCAGGAUCCCAACUCCCAUCUGUCAGACCUCAAAGCCCAUGAUUUGAAAUCACUAUGAAAGUUUGCAAAAUCCAGCAGGAUAGGAAGAUGUGGAUCUACCAUCUGGUAGAUGAGGUUAAGAAGACCCACUGUGAGGAAGUGACUGUUACCUGAGACACUCUGGCCAGCGCACAGCUAAAGCGCCUGGAGCUUGCAUUUUUGAACCAGCCUCCAGAACCCUGGGGAUUUCCACUGGGGCGAAUGACUGGACACUCCUAAAGCCUUCAGUCACCAUCCAGGGGAUUUUUUGCACCACAAAGGGUAAUUCCUGCCCCAUCCCUGCUGUGACUCAGCCGUGACGUUGAACCACACAAGCCAGCAAAAAGAUAAAGUUGUCAGACUCCUGCUCACCAGAGAGAACUCACCUCUUCUCUCAGCACAGACUUUACAGGCCCGGUCCCCGCCCCAGAGGAGCGUAGACGGGCCCCCCAGGCCAGCCUGGGACCCCGGGAUGGCCUCUGGCUCAGCCAGCAGCCCCCGCCCAGCCCCUGAUGAGAACGAGUUUCCCUUUGGGUGGCCCCCCACCGCCUGCCCGGACCCACCAGAGCCCAGGGCCCUCUGCUGUGCUGCCUGUCUCUCUGAGAACGUGAGGAAUGGCGAGGACCAGAUGUGUCCAAAAUGCAGAGGGGACAACCCCCAGUCUGUAAGCCCAGGAAGCCUUCUGUCUCAGGAGAAGGAUCACCCCGAGGUGGCUGAGGCUGAAGUUGGGUGCCCCUUUGCUGGUGUUGGCUGCUCCUACAAGGGGAGCCCAAAGCUCAUGCAGGAGCAUGAGGUCACCUCCCAGACCACCCACCUAAACCUGCUGUUGGCGUUCGUGGAACAGUGGAAGGCCCAGCUGGGCUCUGGCCUGGGCUCUGGGCCCCUGGCCCUGGAGCAGAAUCUGUCAGACCUGCAGCUACAGGCGGCCGUGGAGGUGGCUGGGGACCUGGAAGUUGACUGCUACCGGGCACCCUGCUCUGAGAGCCAGGAUGAGCUGGCCCUGCAGCACUUAAUGAAAGAGAAGCUCCUGGCUGAGCUAGAGGAGAAGUUGCGUGUGUUUGAGAACAUCGUCGCUGUCCUCAACAAGGAGGUGGAGGCUUCCCACCUGGCUUUAGCAGCCUCCAUCCACCAGAGCCAGCUCGACCGUGAGCACAUCCUGAGCUUGGAGCAAAGGGUGGUGGAGUUGCAGCAGACCCUGGCCCAGAAAGACCAGGCCCUGGGCAAGCUGGAGCAGAGCCUCCGCCUCAUGGAGGAGGCCUCCUUCGACGGCACCUUCCUAUGGAAGAUCACCAAUGUCACCAGGCGCUGCCACGAGUCGGCCUGUGGCCGGACCGUCAGCCUCUUCUCUCCAGCUUUCUACACUGCCAAGUACGGCUACAAGCUGUGUCUGCGGCUCUACCUGAACGGGGACGGGACGGGGAAGAGGACCCACCUGUCUCUCUUCAUUGUGGUCAUGAGAGGGGAGUAUGAUGCUCUGUUGCCCUGGCCUUUUCGGAACAAGGUCACCUUCAUGCUUCUCGACCAGAACAACCGCGAGCACGCCAUCGACGCCUUCCGGCCCGACCUGAGCUCGGCAUCCUUCCAGCGGCCGCAGAGUGAGACCAACGUGGCCAGUGGCUGCCCACUCUUCUUUCCCCUCAGCAGGCUGCAGUCACCCAGGCAUGCCUACGUGAAGGAUGACACCAUGUUCCUCAAGUGCAUCGUGGAGACAAGCGCUUAGGGCGGGUAGGGACUGUGCGAACCACACCUGACUCCCGAGCGAGCACCACUGGGGGUUUAGUAAGAUGACUGAGGUCCUGCCCUUGGCGCCCAAGGUCCCAGGGCACGAUGUUGGGCCGGGCUGGCAGGAUCUCAGCGGGCCUGCCAGACUGACCGUGGCUGGCCAUCAGCUUAGGUGGCGGGGCCUUGGGCUGGGACCACAGGGGCAAAGGGUCCAGGAGACGGCAGCCGGGUCGUUCGUUGCCCUCUGCACCGAGCACACGACCCUGCAGGCCUGGGAGCCACUCUAGCCCUGAAGGUUGAGGCGGACUGUGACCAAGGGAGGGAGGGACUACGGACCAGGCCUGGGGCAUGGAUGGUGAGCGUAGGGAGGAGCGCCCGAGCAAAGAAAUUCUCAGACAGGAAGAUCUCUGCCCAGGGCGGGAAGGCAUCAAGUUGGGGCUUGGAUUUAAAGACCUUCAAGUUCCUUCCAACCCAGAAAGUCUUCAGUUUUGGGCCUCUGGCCCAGAAGAGACCUAGGACUUGAAGGGGUUCUGGAAACGUCCAGGAACCUCAUGCCCACCAGGCUUCUGACUCUCCUUCGGUACCACCAGGUGGGCCGGGCUGGCCCGCACAGCACCUGCCAUGCCGGGUCUGGCAUCUCCGUUCCCCACUGCACGGGGGCCCGUGUAGGUCCUGAGCCCCGUGCCCGCCAGCAGGACUCCCCUGCACCUCCUCCAGGUGAAAGCUCCCAGGAUCAGCCGGAAGAAAUGUGGAGAAGGAGGGGGGCACAGACUCUCUGCUCUCCUUCCCUUGGAGGCCCCACCACCUUCGCACUUUCCUGCAUCUCGUGUCACCUAAUUAAGCAAGGUAUUCACUUCUCUCAGUUGACUGAUCAGGGCCUCUGAGCCACUGAGCAGAGGCUGUCCUUUUCAAUAUGUAUAAAACCAAAGAAAGAAACUUUUGUACAUUUCUCUUGAGGUUUCCAUGAAGUGCAUAUCCAACCUGGGCCCAAACCAGGUACCCCAC